CAUUUAAUAUUUUUUUGGGCUAAUUUUUUCUAUUUUUUUGAGCCUAAGCAUUUUUAUUUAUGGGUCAAAUUUUGAUUUGUCAAUGAACCUAUUUUAUUUCGGACUUUGAAGCAAUUUUUUUUCUCUCAAUGAGCCUAAUUUUUUUCGAAAAGUGCGCCAAUAAUUUCGGGAAAUAGUGUAAAUCAGUACAAUAAGUGCACUGAUUGAAAAUCAUACGCUUAAGUAUUUCAAAUCUUCUGGUAGAUUUGCUAGAGCGAUCUACGUCACUAAGCGGUUCUGAAGAAGACAAACAGCACGGGAAACACCAAACAAGAAAUCGUGGUUUGGGGGACAGAUUUAUCGAUUUUAUGAAUCAAGAAGGCAAAAAAAAAAAGGAUAUUCGCCCUUUUAGCCCACUUGCUCAUUUCAUCAUUCGUUGUAGAAACGGAGUUUCUGGUCGCCCUGAUGUGCCUAAGAACAUAUAUACUGAGCAUUUGGACUGGCACAAUCAAGAGCCAUCCAAAGUAUAUCCUUUUUCUGGUAAUCAAAACGAUUACAUAGACAGCGUGGUUGAUGCUGCUUCGGUCGAGGAAUUCAAAGGCCUCAUAAACAAAAGAAACGACAGCUCUGAUGAAUACAAUUUCAUCCAUGCCAUUUUUUCGCGAAUGAAAAAAGUUUACACGGCCAAAGUACCAAUGACAACAUCCAAGUCAACUUUUAAUUACUACUUGGUACACCCUUUGUUGAAGCUGGUGUCUGAAUUUCUCUCCGAAAAAACACCAUGUGGAUUCUUUCCAGAAGAAAUUGCACUUCAUGCCAUGAGAAAAGUCCAGAAAGAGGAAGGCAAAAGGGACUACCUGGCUGACGCCCUUUAUAAGUUGCUUGACUAUAAGCAACUUGAAGCCUUGCUCCUGGAAACAUCAGGCCCAUACAAGAACAACAACGCCACCAAAAUCGACUUUGACAACCACAAAGGAAUGUAUGACUUGUUGGCCAUGCUUAAGGAAAUUGCCACCACACACCAAUACGCAAGAAUUGAAAGUUUUUUCAAGUUGAAAGUGUAUUCUCCAUCAUGUCUUCCAAUCCCCCUUUCAAAUCCCUUCCAUAUUCUCUUUCGUGUUCCCUUUCAAAUUCCAGGGUAAAUUGUAUUAUUGGAACAACAGAAUCCUUAUUGUUAAAGGCGUCC